GUUGCUAUUGGAUCAAACUUCCAAAGUCUUUGUUCGUGACUUGGAAUCUUAUUCAAGGUACAAAGUCCCGAAGGCACGUACCAAAAGUGCCUCAACGCUCCCGGAGAUGCACCAGUGAAAUGCAUUUUUGCGAACAAAUCGAAUUUGUUGUUUGGUUUGCACGAAAUGCACUACGAGAGGAGGUGCAGCGGCGAGUCGCGCGCUCUUGGUAACGAAUAAACAGUCGAUUCGGGCUUUGAACAUCAGCAAAUCAAGCAGUGCCUUGGGAAAGGUCACCGGGGAUGGUGGUAGUUUUUCAGCCGGCAUUUGCACUCCGUUGUCGUUAGCGCGAGGGCACACCUGACCGCAGUCCCAGGCUGGAAAUUUGACUGGCUCCUGAUUUUGGAUCAUCUGGAAUUGCGCACUGGCUGGAGCUUAUUUGCAAGCGAAUGUGACUUUUCAUCCCUGGUAAAAUAAGAGCUUUUUCGUCCUGAGUGACAGCGCACUUUGGACUAAGGUCUUAAGCACUGUGUCUUCGGAGUGAUGGCGGCGUCGGCACCUUCUUCCUCCGGCGGCGAUCCGGAUCCCAACACGACAAAUUUACGGCCACCUUCUUCAAGUUACGACUGGAGUGGCGUUGCGCACGGAUGCACGAGGAAACUUGGGAUGAAAAUAUGUGGGUUUUUACAGAAGAACAACAAUCUGGAUGAAAAGAGCCGGAUUGUCGGGCCCUUUAACGAGCAGCCGUCCUCGAAGACUCUCCUGGCUCGAGACAACGAGCGGGACUCCCGGUUCGGGCGCACAGAGACUGACUUCUCCAACCUUUAUGCAAGGGACCUACUGCCCGCCAAGAACGGGGAGGAACCCACAGUCCAGUUCCUCCUGGAGCUGGUGGACAUCCUCACUAAUUAUGUGCGCAAGACAUUUGACAGAUCCACCAAAGUGCUGGAUUUCCACCACCCACACCAGCUGCUGGAGGGAAUGGAAGGCUUCAACCUGGAGCUCUCCGACCAGCCGGAGAGCCUGGAGCAGAUCCUGGUGGACUGCAGGGACACUCUCAAAUACGGCGUCAGGACAGGUCACCCCAGGUUUUUUAAUCAGCUGUCGACUGGGCUGGACAUCAUCGGCUUAGCGGGGGAGUGGCUCACCUCAACAGCCAACACUAAUAUGUUCACGUAUGAAAUUGCUCCUGUGUUUGUGCUGAUGGAGCAGCUGACCCUCAAAAAGAUGCGGGAGAUCGUGGGCUGGCCAAACGGAGAUGGAGACGGCAUUUUCUCCCCAGGAGGCGCUAUCUCCAACAUGUACAGUGUGAUGAUAGCUCGAUAUAAACACUUCCCUGAGGUGAAGACAAAAGGAAUGACCGCAGCGCCCAGACUCGUGCUGUUCACCUCAGAACAUAGUCAUUACUCCAUAAAGAAAGCCAGUGCUGCUCUUGGCUUUGGGACAGAGAACCUGAUUCUACUGAACACAGAUGAGAGAGGUAGAGUCAUUCCAGCUGAUCUGGAGGCCAAGGUCAUUGAUGCCAAACAGAAGGGAUAUGUUCCACUGUUUGUGAAUGCCACGGCCGGCUCUACGGUUUAUGGAGCCUUUGACCCCAUCAGUGAGAUUGCAGACAUCUGCGAGAAAUACAACAUAUGGCUCCACGUGGACGGCGCAUGGGGAGGUGGGCUGCUAAUGUCCAGACAGCAUAGGCACAAGCUUAAUGGCAUCGAGAGGGCAAACUCUGUCACAUGGAAUCCUCACAAGAUGAUGGGUGUUCCACUACAGUGCUCUGCCAUUCUUGUUCGAGAGAAGGGCCUUCUGCAGGGAUGCAACUCUAUGUGUGCUGGCUACCUGUUCCAGCCUGAUAAACAGUAUGAUGUGUCCUAUGAUACUGGAGACAAGGCCAUUCAGUGCGGUCGCCACGUCGACAUAUUCAAGUUCUGGCUCAUGUGGAAGGCAAAGGGAACUGUUGGGUUUGAGAAGCACAUAGACAGGUGUCUGGAGCUCUCUGAGUAUCUUUACACUAAGAUCAAGAACCGAGACGGAUAUGAGAUGGUCUUUCAGGGGCAUCCUCAGCACACCAAUGUGUGCUUCUGGUACAUUCCACCGAGUCUGCGUGGCGUUCCAGACAGCCAGGAUAGGAGAUGGAGGCUCCAUAAGGUGGCACCCAAAAUCAAGGCGAUGAUGAUGGAGUGUGGAACUACAAUGGUGGGCUACCAGCCUCAGGGCGACAAAGUCAACUUCUUCAGGAUGGUGAUUUCAAACCCAGCCGCCACCAGAUCAGAUAUCGACUUCCUGAUCGAUGAGAUUGAAAGGCUGGGCCAGGAUCUAUGAAGAGUGUAUGGAUACUCCAGCAAGCAGCCUCUGAGUCAGGGGUCCGUGGAUUUCGAACCUGCACGCAGGCUCCUGUAGAAUCCUAAACGAUGCCCUCCGGCAUUAGCAAACUCCGCGGUUUCCUUCACCUCCACCUUCAUUCUCAUAUCUGACCUUGGACUCGUGUGAUGCAUGACCUCAACAGCACCACGCCGUAAGACAAGUCUUUACGAUGUCAGAACUGACAACAUUCAUGGACCAUUCGAUAACGCCACUCUUACAGCUGCAAAACGGAUGAUGUAGGUGACAAAAAAUGUCCCACGGGGAAGUAAGAGUAGGAGUGUGUGAUUUGAGCAUUUUUUUGACAGUACUAAUUCUGGUGUGAUGUUGGUACGUUUCGCUUUUCAAAUUUCCAUUCCAGUGGGGACCCCAGAUAUAGGUGAAGUCAAAACAUGAACGGUGUAUUCGUGCACCGU